CUCUUGAACAGAUGUGUAGAGAAUGAUUUUUACAAACACCUUCUUUGUUCACGGUCGUCCUGCUUCCUGUCGGACUGAUUCACGUUUAUAUGAUCAACCUUUGCAACAGAAGAAGAAGAGCCUUGGAACCUCUGAUAGAAAAUCUUCUAACUUACAAACAUGAGAGACCGGAUGGGGCACCUCCACCAGGUGCAGACUGAUGCUGUGGGCUUCAGUACAGUAGAAUUGGACAAUUUCUCAGAGCGAAGCAUUGAUGCAGCAACAGCAUCAACAUCAAGGUCUUCAUCACCUCCUGAACAGAACCUGGACUCUGUCCUGCAGAUGGCCAAUCAGAUUGGUCUAGAAACCCAGCAAAUCCAGAAUGACAUCAGUGAGCUGAGAGAUGUGAACUACCAGACCUUAAAUCAGACCUCAUUCUCCAGUGCGACAAAGAGGGACCCAAAUGCAAUCGGGGCGGACAUUAAACGCAGGGGUGAGGCUGUGCUGCAGAUGCUGCACAUGAUGGGUGAUCUAAGAGAGGAACUGGAGGAACAGCGUGGCACCUCUGACCCCACAGUACGCAUCGCUCGAACUCAGUACCAGUGUCUCAGCAACGCUCUGCGAGAAGCAAUGUGUAGCUACAACGACACAGAGAUGAACCACAGGGAGGCCUGUAAACAGCAGAUCCAGAGGCAGAUGGAGGUGGUGGGCAGGGAGGUCAGCGAAAGGGAGCUGGAUGAGAUGAUGGAGAGCGGCGAGUUGAAUGUGUUCAGCGUCCAGGGGGAGGGGAAAACGGCUCGCUCAGCCCUCCUGCAGAUUGAGAGCCGACACAGAGAGCUGCUGGAGCUGGAAGUGAGGAUCGAGGCGAUCAAGGAGCUUUUUCUGGAUGUGGCUUUGCUGGUACAGGAGCAGGGGGCAGGCAUCGAAAGCAUCCAGCAAAAUGUUCAAAAUACUGAAGUGCUGGUUCAGGAGGCGGCAGUUCAACUGGAGAGAGCAACUGAAUGUGAUAAAAACAACCCCUUCAAGAAGAUGUUCUGUGGCUGCUGCCCAUGUUAUUUCAAUUAGGACUGAAGAAGCCAACUCUGAUUUAAAGUAUGCUUUUAUUCUUUUUAUCCCUUCCUACAUGUCUUAACACUUUUUACUUUUCAUGACCAGCUGCUUUUACAUUGGUCUGUGUUUCAUUGUGUUUUAUUAUGUUUGAUUGUACAGCACUUUUGUUGUUUUUAAAUGCUUUAUAAACACAUUCGGAUUAGAUUAGACCUUGUCCUGUAAAUAGAAUUCUCUUACAAAAACAUCCUGCUGUCUUUAACUGUCAAAAGUAAGGAAGCCCUAAGGGGACAGUCCUCCAUAUAUUUUAUUCUACUCCGUUUUGCCGUGAUAACAGGUACAUUUUAGUAGUGGUAAGGGGCCUUAAAUAUUACUACAUAGAAAAUUGGUUAUCUUCUUGCUGAUGGUCCCUUUUUCCUCAUACAGGUCAUUUAGAGAGAAUCGGUUUUAGUUUGUUUUAGAACAAGCUAAAAAGCCCACAGUAGCUUUAAUAUGGCUCAAGUUAUGAAGCUACAUUAGAGUUCUUUACCAGAUUGAGAAAAAUGCUGAAUAAGUCUUUUCAAUUGCAUCUUAAAUUUUGCUAUUUAAGUCAUGUUCAUCUCGUGAUUUUUUGCAUGAUUUUUGGGUUGUAUCUACUUGUCGGUUGCACUGUAAGUUGUUUAGGAUCUGGUGUGCUUAAUAGAUGUAAUAUAAGAACAAGAAUGAACUAUUUCAGACUGCGUCACAUUCUAAAAGACCAUCUUUUGUGUUGUGUUUGUUAAAUCUUAAACUGCCUCAAAACUACUCCUUUGUUUUUUUUUACAGCUUACUAGUUCAGAAACAAGCUCAGAAAAUGACUUGAGUAAAAAGUAAGACAGUUCAUUUGGAAUUGUCGAGGAAUAUACAUUUAAAGCAGCAGCAAGGGAAAAUUCAAGUUCUGUACAGCAAAUGUGUACAUGAGCUCAGUAUUUAAAAGAAGGUUUAACUCUGAAUCAUAUUAGAGUCUACUUUUAGGACCUCUUGUCCACAUAUAAAUAUGAAUUCUUGUUCUUGUAAGCAGCAGCUUUGAUGUUGGCUCUUGGAGGUUACAUCCUCAAAAAUUCAAAGACUGAGUUUUGAUCGUUUGAACUGAAUACACAAUGGGCCUUGUGUGUGAUGUCACUGUUUUAUCAAAGAUAAAGGUCAAUAUUGAACUUGGAUUUUUUUUUUUUUCAAGCUGGGAAAAAAAAAGGUUUGUGUGUCUGUUCUGGUAAAUAAGUGGAUUUCUUAUUAGAUGAACAAAUGGUUAUAACUGUCAUGUUUAAUUCUGAUAAUAAACUGGCUCUCACCUG